AUGAAUGCAUACCCUGAAGAUAUCACCAAAUAUUUUCCUGUUCAGCAGGUCACAUGGUCAAGUAAUCAUAAGAAUUCUGUUCGUGGAAUUCAUAUUUCUCCAUAUGCAAAAUUGUUAACUUGUGUGCGAGGAUCAGUAUAUGAUGUGGUUGUGGACAUGCGUCCAGAUUCUCCAAGCUAUCUCCAGUGGGCAGCUGUUCAUCUAACAUCUACCAAUGGCCUGCAAAUAUUAAUUCCUUCUGACUGUGGCCAUGGUUAUCUUGCUUUGGAGGAAGAUGCUGCUGUGAUUUAUUGUCAGGGUGGUUUUUUUGAUAAAUCCAUUCCUCAGCAUUCUGCAUCAGUAUUUGACCCAAUCUUAUCAAUUGCAUGGCCUAUUAAAAAUCCUGAAGAAAAUGUUCUCAUUUCAAGCAAAGAUAAGAUGGUGGAAUACCUGAAUUUACCGGAUAAGAGAAUUAUUCCACACCGAAAAAGAAUCCUGAUUAUUGGUUCCACUGGGCAAGUUGGCUCCACAUUUUUUCACACUAUUAAGAAAAACUAUCCAGAGUUUAUUGUUAUUGGAACCACACAUAAUUUGAAAAAGCCUCAACGACUUUCAUUUGAUUUGGAAUCAGAUGCAAUGGACCCAUUGAAAAUGAAAUUGCUACUUGAUGCUUGUUCCCCUCAUGUAAUCAUUAUUGCUGCUGCCUUUACAAAUGUCAAUCUUUGUGAAUCACAAACAGAGAAGACAAAUAAAAUCAAUUGUGAAGCAGUAGUACAAAUUGCGAAACUUGGAAAAGAACGAAAUAUAAAAAUUAUAGUUUUCUCUACUGAUUUGGUAUUCAAUUCUCCAAAUCCAGAAAAUUUUCCAAAUUGCAUAAACACAAUUGAAAAGGACAUUGGACUUAGAGAAGAUUCACCUACAAAUCCUCCAAACUACUAUGGAUUAAGCAAACUUAAGUCUGAGAAAGCGCUUCUCUGUGAGGUUCCUACAUCUCUCAUCAUUCGGACUUCGAGAAUAUUUGGGCCUGAAGAAGUGAAGAAAAACUUUGCCAAUCAAGUUGUACAGAAUCUAUUAACCGGUAAGGAGAUGACUCUCCUAUCUGAUGAACUUUCUUGUCCAACAUAUAACAAAGAUCUUUGUGAGGCAGUGAUGUUACUUAUAAAGAAAGAUUGUUCUGGAAUCUACCACAUUGUUGGUCCCGAAGUUAUGAGCAAAUACCAAUGGGGUUUAAAAAUUGCUGAGUACUUCAAAUUAGAUUCUAAAUGGUUGAUUUCUAAAAGUUCUGAUGAGUUAAAAUUACUUGCACUAAGAGGGAAAUUUACUGCUCUUUCUACCCACAAAUUCAGGUAA